AUGUCGCAGGAACAAGAAGACCUGAUCGUCUUACUCCGCGAAUCCGCGCAUCACUUGGCCGAAGCCGUCAUCUUGUUCAACAACACCCUGGACUCGAUGGUCAAUGCUACUAUCCACAAUGACACCCGAGCCAAAAGGUCCCCGAAAGAUGCCAGUGAUGGCACUUCUUCUUCGUCUUCGGAAGAGCUGGAAGAAGAAAAGGCUAUUUACAAUGCCGGGGUCCAGAAGAUUGCGAAAAACCCAGUGGGUCACAUGGUGGAACCCAAGUCCGCGGAAAAGGUUGUUCGAAGGAGGAACAAGAGGGAAGAUCAUCACGGAGAACCGUUUGAGUUCUCCUUCCUUUCCAACGUGUUGAACUUGAUGGGGGAUAAUGUGAAGCAGAUGCAUGACCUAGUCAAACUAUUCAACAGCACCGUGAAAAACGGGAAACCCAGGCAAAAGCGUCAGGCCUUUAUGCCCUCUGUUGGCCUGGGGGCAAUUGAAAAACUCAUGGAUGGCCUCAACAUGGCCGCGGGCGGUGGCAUGAUGAACCCAACUGAGCGUGAGAAGGAGAAUAUUCGAAGGGGUUACAAGGAUGCUCUGGCCCAAGUGGGUCGGAUAGUCCCACGAGAGACAAAUCCUGCACCAGCACCCAGGUUGCCGGCUGAUAAUAGAGUGGAAUCCGAGGAACCCACGGAUGGGGAGACCAGGAGAAGACGACCCACGGGAAGACCUGCUUCUCGCAGGCGUUCAAAGUCGGAUAGUAGGAUGAGACAACAGCGCAGGAACAGAACGCAAAGGCGCCACCAAAAUCGGAGUAGCCGUCGUUAUUCUGACAACAGAGAUCAGCAGGAAGAGGAAAAUCGGCCACGUCGUAAAAAAUAUAGAGGCGAUGACGAAGAAGAAGGAGGAAAUGCUGGCGAAGAAGAUGAAGGCCCUGCUGUUGAAGAAGAUGAAGGCACUGAUGGUGAAACGGGCCGGGAUCGUCUUCGAAGCAGAAAGUAACCUGGAUGAUGUCAUUUCGAAAAACUGCUGAACGUCUUUGACUGUGCGAAAAUAUAUGCGUGAAUUAUGAACUGCAA